AGAAUGUAGCAACUGCGAUUCAGCGAUUGGUGGUUGUGUGGUUCUGUGCCACUCGAUUUUUACGGGCCCAGGUUUGCUGCACUGCGAGUCUGCGAGACCCCGUUCCCGGGGAUGGGGGCCUGGAAGUUUUGAUUUCCCCUUGAUUUCCGGACCAUUUUCGCCGGAAGUUUGCACCUCCAGUUCGAACGAGCCAACGCCAGUCGACCCCAAACUUUCCGGCCAGCGAGCCGAGUCCAGAGCUGACCCAGGGCAGACCGAACUCGCAGCUCCCACCUGACCGAGCGCGCUCCGCUUUCUUUCCUCAGCAGCAACAGCAACAAUACUGCCACAGCUGCUCAAUGCACGCGGCGCCUCGCACCUAUCAGCCAGCCUGCGGUACAUGGGCGCGAACAUCCCAGACGCGCCAGAGCUCACAGCCUCAGGCUCGGCGCCCCCAAAGCGCUCGCGUGGGACGCCGCCCUCCGGGCUAUCGCUGUUGCAGCGCGCGCGUGACGCAGCCCGCCUGGGUAUCCGGAUACGCUCAUCUUUGCGCUGUGGGCGAAGCAGCCACGCAGCCACGCGCCACAGCUCGUGUACUUUCGCGACAGGCUGCUCCCCCAGCUCUGGGGCAGAGACCCUCGCGACACACACAGUUGCGCUUGGCAGCCCCGCGCCUGCUGUGCGGGCAGGCGCCGCAUCUUGUGGCCGUGACCGACCUGGCGAGCUACGAUUCACAGCACCAGCUGCAGCCGGGUUCGCAGCGCAACGCACCCGCGCUGCCGGUGGAUGUGCGGCGCAGCUUCAAUGAGCGGAUGCAGCGGCUGACAGAUGACGCGGAGGCCUGCGCAGACGGUGUGUUCGUGUUCGUGGCGUUAUUGUGACAGCUGGUCACAAAACCGCCGUCAAGCAGCUGGCCGGCGGCUGCCUGGCGCGUGCCCUGUUCUGCUCGGAGGACUGGCACCAGGAGUUCGAGGGGUGGUGAUCCGAGGGCGGGGAUUGGGUAUGGGGAAAGGGCUGCCCGUUAAUGGUGCAGCUUGCUGGGCAGGCAGGAGGCGGACGGGCGUCCCUCACGCCACCUACC